GAUUAGUGAUCUUAUCAUAGCUUCAUCAAGUAAUAUACCUGAUCUUAGAGGGGCUCUUUCAAUACCAUUAAUGAGAGAUUCUUCAUCGUUCUUAUCGUUCUCAUUAUUAUUAGAUCAUAAUCAACCUUUAUCGAGCAAUAUAACUUCUAACUCAUCAGCUAAAAGAACAAUAGCUAAACAUGAUAGAGAAUUACAAGAUAUCCAGAAUACUUUGGAAGAUGCAGAAACCUUAAAUAGAAUAUUACAAAAGGAUCUUGCUAGAAUAACAGAAAAGUCUCAAUCAUUUUCUCAUCAUCGCAAUUUAAGUGAGCAACUUGAUGAAGAUUUAUUGGCUAGUAUUUCAUCUUUAAUACUACCUCCAGUAGAGCCAGAAGAAAACUUAUCUCUUCAAGAA